AUGGGUUUUGACGAGGGCGGCGAGAGAGCACGAGACGCAGGUGUCGAAAGUAGUGAUCUUGUAUGCUCUCGUAUUGGAACUGUUUUUCAUUAUUCAACUAUUAAAAAGGAUAUGUCCACUGGAGAUGGACCACCGCCACCAGACGGAUCUGGACAGAACUUUCCUACCCCAACAUUGAACAACUUGCUUAGCAAUAAGUCUUCUGUUGGAGGAGAUGCGGGUUUACAGCAGGAUCAAAACGUGUCAAACGGUGGCACACCGUUUGGAGCUGAUAGGUACGCGGCCACAGCCGCUGCAGUAGCUGCUGGAGCUGGUUCGAUGAACCAUGGCUGUGUUCCACCGAAACAUGUUCAGUUAGCUGGAGUACAACAACAAGAGUGGCAACAACCUCGAUCGCCGAUUCAGCAGCCGGCAGGCCACCCACCCCCAGAUGGUCAACAGAUUCCUCCACAACCGAUUCCUCAGCAGCAAAUCCCACCGCAACUCCAACCUCAUCAAACUCAACCACAUCCUUAUGCCGGCGCCUACCCACCGCAUUUUAUGCAAGGACGACCACCUGGAUAUCCAUACUACCCUCCUGGAUACCCAGGGUUGCCUCCUGGUCAACCUGGUUACCCAGGAGCUGGUGCGCCAGUAGGUUAUCCGCCGCACAUGUUGCGGCCGCAGCAGCAGGAGCUCGUUCGAAUGCCACAGGGACCUACACCUGCGGAAUGGGCCGCACAACAGCAACGAGUGAUGAAGGAGGCCAAUCCACCCACCCCAGCUAGUAUUCCGGCACCAAGCCCUGCCGCCUCUUCUGUAGCUGACGAUUCUAUGGACGACAAAUCUCGUCUGGAAUCACCUAGUUGGGCGAAUCAAGGACAGCGCACUCCUCAUCCUCCGGGAUCUCAAACCCCCGGGAUAGCACAACCACCCAUGCAUCCUGGGGGGCCACCACCACCUGGCGGCAUGAUGAUGCAUCCGGGAAUGAUGCCACCACAGGCUAUGAUGCCGCCUGUAAUGCAACCAACUCCUUCUUCAGGCCCAAGGAAAGAGAGCAUCGUUGACAAACUGGUGGGCCCACCUACUGCAGCGAAUCCGCCACGGGUGAUGCCAGAACGGCGAAUGUUCUUCGAACGGCUUGUGCAAUUCUGUGAGCAACACGGGGAACCUAUCACUAUGAUCCCACAGGUAUCGAAACAAAAUGUGGACUUGCACCGACUCUAUAUUGGUGUACGGAAUCGUGGAGGAUUUGAGCAGGUCACCAAAGACAAAGCAUGGAAAGCGAUUUGCACUGAGGCGAAUCCCGAGAUCUCACAGUCGUCAGCGGCUGGUUAUCAACUACGCAAACACUAUGAGAAGCACUUGCUGCUGCUAGAAUGUGUUGAGACUGGUCGAAGGCCCGAAGAUGCGGUAGCGUUCGCUGAUGGUCUGAAAAGACAGCGACGGAAGGAGCCUGCUGCUGCUGCUGCCGGAGCGACUCCGACUAGCUCUCUCCCGCCAUUCCCUGGUCCCUCGUCUCAACCAUCACAACCACCACCGAUGGGUGCAAGGACUGCAAUGGCUACAGCUACGUGGUAUCCGCAGCAUCCUCAGCAUGGAAGUGGUUAUCUAGCCGCCUCAGUUCCCCAGGCUCGGCCAGUGACCAACGGACCAUGCGCUACGGUGUCGACCUACCCGCAACCGGGUUACCCACCUACUAUUGCCUCACCGAGCUCCCUAAAAAUCUCGCCGAAUACCUCUCCUUAUGCACAAUAUGCAUUGAACUAUUACCAUCAACACAGUCUUGCUCGGGAACGAGAAAGGGAAGCGUACUAUCGGUCACGGAGUAUGAUGCCGCCGUUGCUACCGCAUCAGCAUCAACCGCAACAUCAGCCACUCGAUUUCCGACCAUAUGGUCCUGCACACGGACAACCGCAACCUGGCCAGGAUCCGUCGUUGUAUUACCACCACCAGCAGCAACAACAGCAGGCGGCAGCGCAUGGAUAUCCACCCGGUGCCGUACCAUCAGGACCCCCAAGUGCGCCCGGUGCGUAUCCGACUCCGGGAUAUCCGCCACGGUUACCUCCAGGUGCUACACCGAUGCGUGCACCUCAUCCGCAGCCUCACAUGCCGGGCGCCCCGCAGCCGGACCUUUCGCAAAUGGACGAGCAACAACGACAACAUUAUUUCAUGCAGCAGCAAUAUCACCAACAAAUGGCGGCACAACACCACCAACAGCAACAAGCCCAACAACAACAGGCCCAGCAACAACAGGCUCAGCAACAACAUCAACAACAACAACAACAUACGUCGCAGCCUCCACCGCAACAAAAUCUCGUAGUUCCUGCUCAAACACCUCAACCUGCGACACCGGGUCGACCUGGUUCGGUGCAACCACCAACGCCGGCAGCUUUGCAGAUGGAUGCUUCUAGUCAGUCUGGUAGUCGUGCUCCAAGUACAGGUCCUGGUGCAAGUGGAGCCUCGCCGGAUAGCAGCUCUCGAAUGAGCGCCGGUGCUGACGCUGCUGAUCAACAGCGGCCUGGGUCGGCUGCUGUAGGGACUCCUGCUGCAACACCGACUCCUGGACAACAUCCAACACCGCAGCCUUCGACGAGCAUGGCUGCGGUAGGACCCCCGGGGCAACCUGCCGGUGUUCCAUCUCAUGCAUCCGGAGCUCCAUUUUAUGGACAACCUGCGCCGAUGUAUCCUAAUGGACCGGCAAGAAUGCCAGGUGCUCCUGCCGGAUAUCCUACAAGUUAUCCGUAUCAUCCCGGGCAUGCUGGUGUUCCACCCGGUCAUCCAACUGCUCCAUCUCAACAGCAAACCCCACAAUUUGCGUCUGCUCCGCACCCCGCAGCUCAUCCUGCUCAUCCUCAACAUCAGCAGUACUUACAGCAGCAACAAAUGUGGCAUCAACGAGGCGGUUAUCCAGGCCCCGCACCCGGUCAAAUUCCUCCACAAGCGCCUAGGUACGGAUAUGCACCCAGAAUGCCUCCACCGCAAACCACUCCUAGCCAGCAAAGUGCGUCAUCACCUGGUGCGAACAAGAUGAGGUACCCUACUCAACCACCACAAACACAACCAGCUCUGACCCAGCAACCUCAACAACAGUCAUACCCAGCGAGAGCUCCUCAAAUAGCUGGGUCGUAUCCGCCCGUACCACCUCAAGCUGCUCCUGCCCCUACUCCGUUAGUACCGCCUGUUAUGUCAUUCUCGCACCAACAUCAUUUUCCUCACGGAAGCGUUGAAGCAACAGUGAUAAGUCAAAAGAGGAGACGCAAGAUCAUGGCUAGAGAGUUGAUAAACGCGACGCCUCGACGUCUCAUCAUGGCGCUUCGCAGCGGCCUAGAAACUGAGGCAAUAUGGGCAAUUAAUGCUCUGAACGUGCUCCUGUACGACGAUACAAAUCCACAUCCAUGCUUGACACAAAUGCCUGGGCUACUCAAUGUUAUCAUUGAACAUUUCUGGGCGACAUUAUCAGUGUUGUACCCAGAAACAUUCCCUCUGAGUGAACCGUCUCGCUUCCAUAUUCCUCAAGGUAACCCUGAAGCGUUACGCUUGCCGUAUUUGACGAACGGAAGUGCACACGAGGAGGUGAAACAACCAGUGGCGACGAGGAAUCCUGAGAAUAAGAGAAAUUACAAUAAGAAUUCAAGAACGGGUAGAAAAGUAAAGAUCAUGGAUGCAGAGAUGCCGGAACUGCUGAAACGAAGGCUUAUGUUAGAGGAGGGGCCGAGCUCAUUGCCUAUUGAUGAAACACUUAGUGUCGAUUAUGUGGAAGAGAGGAUCAAGCUUGGGCUUGGAGGUGGACUUGCCGAGCGCGUGGCGCUGCGUCUGAGGAACGAAUGGAACGCUGCGAAAAUUCAGAAACGUGGCAGAUUCAGUGUGCACCAGGCGAAGAACAUAAAUAGUGAAGACUGCAAUGCAGAUACUAAGAAUAAGGAGCCGGUACAUGUGAAACAGGAGCCAAAAGAGCAAGCAGAGGAGGAAAUCCCAGAUAUUUUGCUACUUCGUCGUGGGCGUAAAGAUGAGAUGGCGGAUGGGCCGAACGAAUUUGAAAUUCGUUGGCCGCGAGCGAUAGCGCUGACGGAUAGAGAUGAAACCCUGCAUCGAUUCACUCUUCGUGCCUUGGCUCUAUCGAAUAUUCUACGAGGUUUCUCAUUCCUACCCGGCAGUGAGCACUUACUAUGCGCUCAUAGUGGACUACUGUACGUACUUGGACGAUUCUUGCAGUUGCUAUCUACUGAGAAGCCUGUACAGCGUGCCAAGCCAGCACCGAAAAUAGAAGUUGAUGCACCACUGCCGGAGCCGGAGUCGUACGAGGUAGCGAGAAAACGAGCUCUAUCCUUGCUGGACUGUGAUGAUUGUGGACGAGUUCUUCUGGUUGAGACGGCAAAUCAGCUUAGGGAUGAUGCUUUUGUAAUGCUCUGUCAUAUGAGUGUAGCGCUCGAUCUCUUCGAUGUGCCUAAUGAUUUGGCUUAUCCAAUCUACGACGGUAUCCUUCACUGGUGCGCGUCUACUGUACCUGAGGCAACAGAUCCCAUUCCACCUGCGGCAGUUUCUCCAAGGAACUACUCGUUGGAAAUUAUGUGCAAGAUGUCAGUUCUGGAACGAAACGUGGAUAUGCUCUUAUCUACAGGUGCAUGGCCUAGGUUAGAAAAGAUUGUCCGUAUGCUGGCCAAGAUGCUGAGCAUGAGCGAAGAGACGCACAAUCGAGAAUUUGCCAUCGUGAUUCUUAAUGCGUUCUGUAAUUCAUCUGAAGCUGUGUGCUACGUAGCUGCUAUGGAAACACCAACGAUCGCGAAUCUGGUUUCGUUCAUUGAAACCUCAGAUCAGAGCAUGCAUCAGGUUAUGCAAACGCAUGGAAUGCCCGCUUUACGUGAUAAUCCGGAGAUGAUGGGUACAUCUGUGGGAAUGCUUCGCCGAGCCGCAGCGAUGCUGCGCCUACUCGUCAAAGUCCCGGAGGCCUAUCGGGUCUAUGCGAAGUUCCAGCAACGUCUAUUGCAAUUUACUAUGAGUCAGCUGAUGGAUUCCCGUGUAGCCGGCAUGAUUGCGGACGCACUAUAUGAAAUCCAGUUGAUGCUCGGUAAAGAAAAUGCGCAGAAUGAGGCGACGGAUGUGGCCAACGGCAAGCAUAAUGGAGAUGCAUCAGAAGUAGUUAAAUCUGAAGCUUCGAACGAUGACACCUCAUCAUCUGCUUCGACGGAUGUCACAUCAGAAAACGUCACCAAUCACGACUCAUCUCCAGCGGCUAUUAACGGCGACGCAUCUAUUCCAGCUGUGAAGAAGGUCGCGAUGAAGAGAUCCGGAAUUCGUGACGAUUGUGUUCCGAAAGCUCCAGCGUCAAAGCGAACCUGCCUGGAGAACGGGUACGAGAAGAAGAACGGGAAGCUGGACAACAGCCCAUUGAAACUCAAAGAAACACGGGCAGAGAACGGAUCGAUGACCGCCGUCGCAUAG